AUGGCAGAAGACAGGCCUCAGGGAAGUAAGGACAACUUGCAACAUAUUCCACAGAGAAAUAAGAAUAGAAGAGAGCGAAAAUCGACAGACUAUUUUCUUGAAAUUAGACACAACAGCCUCAUUUUCAAAGUUAUAAACAAAUUAUAUGAAAACUCAGAAGGAGGUGUAAACAAAAUAGAGAAAUUUUGCCAGAAUUCCUACCAACCACCUGAGUUAAGUGUAGAAUACUACAUCCUUCUCCACAGCUCUAAAGAAGAAGAUAUAAAUGAAAUAAUGAGUUCCGUGAAUAAUAAUUUAUUGAGCAACAGCAUACUACAAGGAGGGAUGAAAUUGCAUGAAGACGCAACAACAGCGUUGCAGACGUUGAAGGACCAUUUAUCAUAUUAUUUGGGAAGAUUAAGAAGUCUUUAUAGCGUAGAAGAGGACAUUGAGGAGGAACUGGUGCAGAACAACAAUAAUACUAUUGAGACACCUAUGGAAAUCAUGGAGGAGUAUCACAAUAGGCUGUUCUACUACAUCAUAAUGGAUCAUUUGCUCCAGUUGAAACCUAACCCCUUCAUAAAUGUGGCCAAAGAAGCGUUUACCCUAUUUAUAGAUAAGUCAGUUACUAUGGAAAGACGUCAGUUAAAUAAAUGUGUAUCGGAUUGA